GCCGGCGAUGGUGACACAUGCGGCGGCGGCGCGCCGGCGGCAGGACCAUGGUUGAGCGCGCCAGCAAGUUCGUGCUGGUGGUGGCGGGCUCGGCGUGCUUCAUGCUCAUCCUGUACCAAUACGCGGGCCCGGGGCUGAGCCUGGGCGCGCCCGGUGGCCGAGCGCCACCCGACGACCUGGAUCUCUUCCCCACGCCGGACCCACAUUACGAGAAAAAGUACUACUUCCCGGUGCGCGAGCUGGAGCGCUCGCUGCGCUUCGACAUGAAGGGCGACGACGUGAUCGUCUUCCUGCACAUCCAGAAGACCGGCGGCACCACCUUCGGCCGCCACCUUGUGCAGAACGUGCGCCUCGAGGUGCCCUGCGACUGUCGGCCGGGCCAGAAGAAGUGCACCUGCUAUCGGCCCAACCGCCGCGAGACGUGGCUCUUCUCUCGCUUCUCCACGGGCUGGAGCUGCGGGCUGCACGCUGACUGGACCGAACUCACCAACUGUGUGCCCGGUGUGCUAGACCGCCGCGACCCAGCAGGUCUGCGUUCGCCCAGGAAGUUCUACUACAUCACUCUGCUGCGAGACCCAGUAUCGCGCUACCUGAGCGAGUGGCGACAUGUACAGCGUGGUGCCACAUGGAAGACCUCACUGCACAUGUGCGACGGGCGCACGCCAACCCCAGAGGAGCUGCCGCCCUGCUACGAGGGCACAGACUGGUCAGGCUGCACGCUGCAGGAGUUCAUGGAUUGCCCCUACAACCUGGCCAACAACCGGCAGGUGCGCAUGCUGGCCGACCUCAGCCUGGUGGGCUGCUACAACCUGUCCUUCAUCCCCGAGAGCAAGCGGGCCCAGCUGCUGCUGGAGAGCGCCAAGAAGAACCUGCGCGGCAUGGCCUUCUUCGGCCUCACCGAGUUCCAGCGCAAGACGCAGUACCUCUUUGAGCGGACGUUCAACCUCAAGUUCAUCCGGCCCUUCAUGCAGUACAACAGCACCCGGGCGGGCGGUGUGGAGGUGGACGAGGACACUAUCCGGCACAUCGAGGAGCUCAACGACCUGGACAUGCAGCUGUAUGACUAUGCCAAGGACCUCUUCCAGCAGCGAUACCAGUACAAGAGACAGCUGGAGCGCAGGGAACAGCGCCUGCGCAAUCGCGAAGAGCGCCUCCUGCAUCGCUCCAAGGAGGCGCUGCCGCGGGAGGACCCGGAAGAGCCCGGCCGCGUGCCCACCGAGGACUACAUGAGCCAUAUCAUCGAGAAGUGGUAGUGGUGGCAGGGGCAGAGAGUGAUGGGCAAGAUUUCAUGGGGCCAGCAGUUCUUGCUGAUUGGCGUCGAGGGGAGCGUGCUGGUAGAUCACCCUAGACCUUUGAUGGGCGAGGUGGGACCUUUGGGACAGGUGGCCUCCCUGCUCUCCUGGCCCCCAUGUCACACUUAAAACUGAAGAUUUGAAAAAGACUCUCGAGGGGACGUGUCUGCCCAGCCAGGAGCCCCACACCUACUAUGCACGCACUGGCUCCAAUGACCAGCCCCUCUAGGAACAUAUGACUAGCUCCUAAUAGUUCAUCUAAAGCUCCUUGGCCUCUGGGGACCCUAAUAACCCAGAAUCUCGGGGAGCCUGUUCCCUGAGAACACAAGCGAAUCUCUGUGGCGUCCUCAGACCUGGAGUUCCCCCUCCUCCUUACCCAUCACAGGGUCAGCCCCAGCCAUGGCAGAGAAGAGUCCACGUCUGGCACCUGGCUGCUGCACUCUCUGGGCCAUGAUCAAAAUCCACAGUCCAUCCUGGCUUUGAGGAGCCAGGCCCAGGCAGGAAAGGGAUGGACACCAAGAGUCUCCCACACACACACACCAGUCCCUGUGCUUUCUGAUCCCCCACUGCCCCCAGCCCUGUCACUGGGACAUUUAUACAAGGGCUCAUGUGCCACUGUUCCCACCACCAUACCAGCAAGUCUUCAGUCCCAUGCAUAAAAGCAUCCCGUGGCUGGGAUACAGGGCCACACCAACCUGAGCUGAUACUGAAUGGCCAGGAUGGGGACUUCCCCAUCCUCAGCUAAGGUUGGAAGGAACAGCUCUGAAUGUCCUUUCUGGGGCCUGGAUGCACAACCCUCCCCGCCCUGGCUCUCGCUCUCUGCAUCUUUCCGACCCUUCAAAGUCUGACCAAGCUAUCUCCAGCAGCCCUGUGGGCCAGCCAGUGUCCCUACUAGAAGCCAUGUCGCGUAUCUGUUUUUAAGCACUUGCCCAGUGCCCCAUCCCUUGUGUUCUCUAGGAGGCCCUGGUGGGCCCACCACUUACUUAGUGGAGGUGUCAUGACUUUUUCAGCCCAUUUGCAUGCAGACAAGGGUUGUGAGCUGACCCUGAGGCAGGACAGGGCCUACUCGCUGUCUCCGUCUCGCUCAGCACUCAGGCUAAGAAGGGGUGGGUUACCGCAGACAGGAGUAGGGGCCAUAUGUAGCAUAGCAAUAUUCCAGAUGUUGACAGGUGUAGCCGCUGCCCCAGAGCAAUGGCUUCGUCUUCACAUGUGGGUGGUUAUAGGGUCUACACUCAGGCACCAGGCACUUGACCUUGGGGUCCACAGGCAAGAUGAGUUCUGAUAGGCACCAUCCGGCCCCAUCCAGGGCCACCUUCAUGGUGAAUGAUCACACUGGGUAGCAAGAUGAGUUAGGCGGUCAGGACCACUGUGAAAGGGAUUGGCUUAGACACUCGGUUUAGAGCAGUUAUACUUCUGAGAGGAGCUUGGCAUAUUUGGGGAGCCCUGGGGUCUUUCACAGGUCGUGUUGGUUGUUGCCAGCUUCUGUCAGGAAGUACCCCAUCUCCACAUGGCCCCCCCUCACCACUUCCUGUGUAUGUGACCCAAACAUGGAUCUGUUCUAUACAUACUAGAAUAUGUUUUAACUUACGCCCCGCCAUCCUGACUCACGGAAGCACGGGUCACUUCUCUAUCUCUGCUGCGUUUGAAAAAUAGUCCCUCCCAUCUCAGGCCAGCGCCAGGCUGAGGAAUCCUCAGUCCCUUGACUGUCCACCCCUGCCUAAGGCUCAGGCCACCAGCUUUGGGGCACAGCUUCCUGGUACUCAGCAUCUCAGAAUAGGGUGCUUCCCCGUCCCUCCAGCUCCAAGGACUCUGCCUACCCCUGGGGCUGAGAGGCCAUGCAAAGGCAGCAAGCUAAUAACUCAGUCCCGAGGCACCCUGCAGCCCUGCAGACACCCCCUCUUGGAGUGAGCGGGAAGCGGGGACCACAGAACUGUCCAGGCACCGCGUCUGAACUGGAACUGUUUCACUUGAACCCGGGAGCUUUAAAGCUUUAUUUAUUUAUAGCUUCUUAUUAAAAAAUAAAAAGUGUUGAGAAGGAAUCUUUUUGGUUAUUCAUACAGAGCAAUGAAUUGACGGCGGAAAAGCAACUGGUUGUCUUCUAAUUGUCUUUGUCUAGGUGGAGAAUGAACAUUAGCAGAUGAAAUAAACCCUGAAAAGGUC